AUGACUGGAAUAAUGUCAUUAGGAUUAUAUAAUUUAACAGUCUUAACUGAUCCCCAAUGUAUAUUUUUUUAAUUUUUUACAUAGCAUUGUGGGUUUCUUCUAGUAGUAGAACUUAUUAAGAAUAAGAGAGUUCUUCUAAAAAUUAUGGUCCAUUUUAUAGAACAAAUUAAUUCAUAUUAACUUAUAGGAAUGAAAAUUGGGUGAAUGUAUUUUAAAAGGAAGGAUUAUAAGUGAUAUAUUUUUUAUAGAAUAUAAUCAGAAAUAGAAAAGUAUAGAUAGGAGGUAAAAAUACAACACUUGAUGAUCUGUGUUAUAGACCAAUCUCAGCCAAAGGAUGUUAUGUUCCAAGUCCAAUGGAUAUUUGGCUUUAGGAUCCAAAGUUAUUAGAAGUUGUUUUUAUAAUGUAUUUUAGAAAGAUCAUGAUAUUCAAUUUACUACUCUUUGUACAGAAUCUAUUGAUGUCAAUUAAACAAAUAUACCUUGUAGUGAUAAAAAUGGAAUCCCUAUAAUUUUAGAAUCUGUAUUUGGAGGAAUGUAUCUACUAUAAAUUAUACAACUAUUAGAAAUUGUGAAAAUCGAUAGAAUGAUACAUAGCCUUGUGAUCAUUGCUAUAUUUAGGCUAGGACUAUGGCAGUUACAUAUCUUUUAAAAAAUGAUGAAUUUACAAAGUAAAAUGCUGAGUUGUGGGAAAAAGAUGUAUGGAUGGACACAUUAGAUGCUCUUAAUAAAAGGGAUUACAAAAAACUUUAUGAUAAUUAUAAUAAAUCAUUGAUGGUUGCUCCAAAAGAGGAACUUUUGGAUCAAUAUAAAGUAGCUUUUAUGGCAGAAAGAUCAGUUUCAGAUGAAAUUAAUAAUGAGACAAAUUAAAAUGCUUGGAUUGUAGUUGUUUCAUAUUUAAUGAUGUUUGCUUACAUUGGAUUAGCUAUAGGGUAAUUUCCUAGUAAAAUAUACAAUGGAUUUACUUUAGGAUUGGGAGGAAUAUUUAUUGUAGCUGUUUCUAUGAUAAGUAGUAUUGGACUAGUAUCAUAUUUUGAUAUAGGAUUGACGAUGAUUAGUUUGGAAGUAUUAUUAUAUGAAUAAUAAAGGUUAUUCCAUUUUUAAUAUUGGCAAUUGGUGUUGAUAAUAUGUUUAUUAUAACACAUCAAUUUAAAAAGCAAAAACAUCAAACAAUAUAAGAAAGAAUGGGUAAUACUUUAGAAUAAGUGGGUCCUAGCAUAACAAUAGCUGCAAUAUGUGAAACUUUAGCAUUUUUGGUUGGAUCAUUAACUAAGAUGCCUGCUUUAUAAUCAUUUUGUAUUUAAGCAGCUGUAGGAGUUUUCAUAGAUUAUUUUUUGUAAAUUACAAUGUUUGUUGCUUUUCUAACAUGGGAUGAAUAGAGAAAGAAACAUAAAAGAUAUGAUCUUAUUAUUUGUAAGUAGGAUAUAAAUUAUCAAUUAAGAGAAGAUAGAAAAUUGAUUUAAACAUUUUUUAAGAAGACAUAUUCUAAACUUUUAUAAAAACCAUUUUGCAUUAUAAUAACAAUCAUAAUAUUUGUGGCAUUAUUUGUUAUUAGUUGUGUAGGAUUAACUAAAAUUAAAGUUGGAUUGGAUGAGUAGGUUUCAAUGGUGGAAGGAUCUGAUUUAUUUAAUUAUAUGACUUUAGAAAAGAAAUAUAUUGAAAUAGGACCAUUAGCUUAUUUAAUAUUAGAAAAUUUAAAUUAUUAAGAUCCCCAUGAUUUAGAAUUAGUAGCUAAUUUAUCUAAUUCUUUAUCAAGAUUAAAUGAAACUGUACAACCACCAAUUUAUAGUUGGGUUGCUUCUUUUAAUUUAUUUACUCGAGAAUCAGCUGAAUGGACUCAAGCUUGUGAAACAUAAGAUAUUGCAUUAUAUGAUUUACCUACUCAAUUAAAAAGAUUUUUAGGAGUUAGAAUAAAUUCUCCUUGUUGUUAAAGAUAUGGUAUUUGUGGAGAAACAUUUGAGGCUGACAUUGUAUUAAAUGAAACAGGUUAUGUAAAGACUAGUAGAUUAAGAUUUUAACAUCGUCCUAUACAUAAUUCUGCUGGAUACAUUUUAUCUUUAGAGUAGACAAGAUAAGUUAUUGAUAAAGUUGUUAAAUAGGCAAAUUUAAAAGAAGGUCAAAAGGUAUAUCCUUAUUCUAUGCCAUAUGUCUUUUAUGAUUAAUAUUCAUAUAUUAGAGCAGUAGCCAUAACUAAUGUAUUAUUAGCAUUGGCAACUAUCUUCUUCACAAUGACUUUAGUUUAAGAUGUCAUAUGUGCACUUAUAGUGGUAUUGUUUGUGUUUUUAAUUGCAUUUAAUUUAAUAGGAACAAUAUGGUUAACAAAUAUAAUAUUUGGUGGUUUUGUGGUAAUCAUUUAUUACAAUUAAGUUAGAUAGAAAUAAAUGCAGUUAGUGUUGUCAAUUUAGUAACUUGUAUAGGAUUGGCAGUUGAGUUUGUUGCUCAUAUAAUAAUAAAAUUUAGAUUAUGUUAAGGAUAAAGAUGGGAUAGAGUGAGAGAGGCAAUGUCAACAAUGGGAACUUCAGUUUUUGUUGGUAUUGCUUGUACUAAAUUCAUUGGUGUGGCAGUGCUUGGUUUUGCUCCUUCCACACUAUUUAAAUUGUAUUACUUUAGAAUGUACAUUCUGAUGGUUAUUUUGGGAGCAUUUAAUGUAUAUGAUUCAUAAUUGAUAUUAAUAGGGACUAGUUCUUCUUCCAAUCUUUUUAGGAUUGGUAGGACCUUAAUUUCCAAUUAAGUCAAUUAGAAUUAGAUCUCUUAUAAAUAAGUCAGAAAGUAAUUCGAAUACCAUUUCGAAUGCAAGUGGUAGAAGUAAAGGUCUUAUAUGACUAUUAUAUUAAAAUAUUUAAUUAUUAUGUAAAAACACAUAUUGAUGGAGACAACUCCUCAUAUUGAGAUUAAGCAUACUACUUAAUUAUCAACUAAGGAAGUUUAUGUUUUGUAUUAUCCAUCUAUAAAUCAAUCUACAGAUCCAAUUGUAAAAGCGCUACAAUUCUAUUUUAAAUCAAAGGAGUUGCUAAAGGAUAUUAAUUCUUAGAAAUCAGUAAAAAUUUAUGCUUUAAAUGAUGAUGAUCCAUUUGAAUAUGUUAUAAUGUAGAAUGCAACAAAUCCUAGAUAGGAUGGUGCAAAUUUGGCUCGUAAAGCAUCCAACAAAAUAACUAAAUAGAAGACAGAAGAAAAUACAAUAAGUGUGUUAUUACCUCAUAAUUAUACAAUUAAUGAUAUAGCAGAAUUUACUUUUGGAUUUUAAUUGGCAAAUUAUAGAUGGACAUAUUAAUCUAUUAAAGAAGGAGGAAAAUCAUCAUAAUUUCCAAUCCAUUAUUUAAAUUUGAUAACUCCAAUUACAUAUGAAGUAUAUCUAUCUGAAGUGGAAUAGAAAUGGAAUCUAAAAUAGUAAAAAAAAUAUAAUAAUAUAGUUUACAUCAUUUAGUGAAACCUAUUUUAAGAUUAAGAGAAUUGGUACCAACAAGACCUAAUAUUGCUACAACUGGAUAUAUGAAGAAUUACAUUUUGAAUAUUGUAAAAGAGUUUGGUGAUAAAGUCACAUCUACUUUGAUUGAAGGAGAUGAACUUUUGACUGCUGGUUUAAGACUUAUACAUGCAGUUGGUAGAGGAUCAAUACAUAAACCAUUUUAUUCGUGUUUAUCUUAUAAAGGAAAUGCAGAUAAUGAUAAGUAUUUUGCUUUAGUAGGAAAAGGAGGUAAGAUAUUGAAUUAAUUUUUAGUUGUAUUUGAUAGUGGAGGUUUAAGCAUCAAAAGUACAUCUGGUAUGGAAUAAAUGUAUGAUGAUAAAGGUGGUGCUUGUACAGUAUUAGAGACAUUUAGAGUUAUUGUUGAAUUAGGAUUACCAAUUAAUGUAGUAUGUUCAACAGCUUGGGUUGAGAAUUCUAUUGGACCAGAUUCAUUUAGAGUUUCUGAUAUUAUUUAAUCUUAUAAAGGAAUAACAGUAGAAAUAUUGAAUACAGAUGCUGAAGGUAGAUUGAUAUUAGCUGAUGCUAUGUCUUAUGCAUAAGAUAAGUAUCCUAUUUAAGAAAUGAUUGAAUUAUCAACACUUACUGGCAUUAUUAAAUCUGCUUUGGGUAGAUAUUGUGGUGUUUUUACAAAUAGAAAGGGAUGUUAUUAAUUGUUACAGAAAGUUGAAAAAAUAACAAAAGAACCGUUUUGGAUUUUACCAUUAGAAGAUUAACAUAGAGAAUUGAUCAAAGGAAGUGUUGCUGAUAUUAAUAAUUCAAGUUCAGGUAGAGUUGGAGCUUCUGCUGCUGCUGCAUUUUUAGAAUGUUUUGUUGAAAAGAAGGUUAGAUGGAUGCAUUGGGAUAUUGCUAAUGUGGCUGUAACUGAUAAAAAUGAAGGAAUUUACACAAAAGGUGGAACUGGUUUUGGAGUUAUGUCCUUAAUUUAUUACAUGACUUGGGAUAUUGUAAGUAAGGAACUUAAAGAGUAAAAAGAAGAGAAUGAUGAUGAUGAUAAUUGAA